UAUAAAAUCUUAUCCCAGCCCUCUAUUUUCCCCUAGCUCCAGCUUCAGAAUUCCCAUAUUUCCAUGUCUUUCUUUAAUGCAAAGCGGCGUUGGCAGCAAAAUCUGACAAACUAACGAACUCUUCUAUCGCCUGGUUUCUUAGCUCUCAUAUGAAUCUGCAAUAACAUGAUUGUUUUUUGAUUCCUUUCCUUCAGUAAUCAACUUAAGUCAAUCUAUCAGUAGCAAGAGAUCGUCGACUAGAAACAUAGAUGCUCGACACUGUGAAGUACCUUAUCGGCGCAGCUGGCGCCAGUGGCUACGGCUCCAAAUCCACUGCCGAGCAAGUCACCGAAAACUGUCAUGAUUUACGAUCCAUUACCGUUAUCAUCACCGGCGCCACGUCAGGUAUAGGGGCCGAGACAGCUCGGGUAUUAGCCAAGCGAGGCGCCAGACUGGUGCUACCGGCUCGGAGUCUCAAAGCUGCUGAGGAGGCCAAGGAGCGUAUCGCGUCCGAGUCUCCCGGUUCGGAGAUUAUUGUUAUGGCUCUUGAUCUUAGCUCUCUCAAAUCCGUUAGAAACUUCGUCUCAGAGUUCGAGUCGCUUAAGUUACCUCUCAAUCUCCUCAUAAACAACGCCGGCAAAUUUGCACACGAGCAUGCAAUAUCUGAAGAUGGUAUUGAGAUGACCUUUGCCACUAAUUAUAUAGGUCAUUUUUUAUUGACUAAACUGUUACUGAAGAAGAUGAUCGAAACUGCAAAAGCCACCGGCGUUCAAGGCCGAAUAGUUAAUGUAUCAUCGAGCAUCCACACUUGGUUCGCCGGCGAUAUGAUGCGAUAUCUGGCACAGAUAUCGCGAAACAAAAGUCCCUACGAUGCGACACGUGCUUAUGCUCUUUCGAAGCUCGCUAACGUUUUGCACACCAAGGAGCUUGCUCGGAGACUCAAGGAAAUGGACGCCAACGUGACUGUCAAUUGUGUUCAUCCUGGCAUCGUGAGAACCCGACUCACCAGAGAACGAGAAGGCUUUCUCACAGAUCUUGUAUUCUUCUUGACCUCAAAGCUUGUGAAGACCAUUCCUCAGGCUGCUGCUACGACAUGUUAUGUUUCUAUUCAUCCGAGACUUGAAAAUGUUUCUGGAAAGUAUUUUGCGGAUUGCAAUGAAGCUUGGACGUCAAAAUUGGGAUCCAACUCUAGUGAAGCUGCACGAUUAUGGGCCACUUCUGAAAUUUUGGUUUCUAGAGACCCUAAAGAACGCUUUUAAAUUAUAAACUAUGAGAGAAUAAAGUCCUAGUUGUAUAUGACCAAUGAAGGGGGAAAGAGCUGAGAUAUGUGUAGAUAGAUAAUAGAUAAACAAACUUACCCAAAAAAUAUAUAUAUAUAUAGUGGAUAAACACGAUGUUAUAAUUUAGAUUAGUAUAAUUAGUAAAGAUUAAAGGUAGUUAAUUGAUUAGAUUAAAUGUUGGUGGUUUGAUGAGUUGGUAGAAGUUUGGAGAUAUAAACGAAUAGAUGAUCUUCUAAGGAUAAUUUGAGUAACAAAAAAUGAAGUUUCAUGUAUAAAAGAAGAUGAAUUCAAGUCUCAUUUAGUGAUAUAUGAAGAUCAAAUUUUUUACUUAUUUAA